UUCUUUAAUGGGUUAAUGAGCUGUCAAAACCUUUUGUUUUGUAAACGUUUGUGAGCUGAAUUCACUUAACAUUUUCGAGAUUUUCCAAUAAUUUUCCUUACAAUGGCGGAUGAUCUGCAAAACUACAAACUCCAGCUGCAGCAGGUUGAAGUGGCUUUGCUCUCAGAUCCAGAAAAUCAGGAAUUGCUGAAACUCAAAAAGGAUCUGGAUGAGGUGAUUGAAUUGACGCGGGAUCUUAUAAAGACACAGCUAGAGGAGCAGAAGAAAUCAUCGUACAUUGGGCCAGACACAGAGAAGCCCUCAUCAUCGCUGUACGAUGAUGACAUUGAGCAGGUUUUGAGGGCGGCUGAACGCAUCCAAGCGGAUGAAGAUCAGAAAGCCAAGUGGAAGAUUGGUGAUAAGUGCCAGGCAAAAUGGACAGAGGACGGACAAUAUUAUGAUGCGACAAUUGAGGGUAUCACCGUGAGCGGGGAGGUUAGUGUUAUUUUUGAAGCAUAUCAGAAUCGCAGCACAACAACACUCAGGGAGCUCCGGGAGCGCCAGGCACGCAAUGAGGUGUUCCCAUCGAGUAGUAGCAACAAGCGACGCCAUCCAAAUCAGAAGGAGUACUUGAAGAAGAAGAAAAUGAAAAAGCAGCAGCGAUUCAAGGAACUAGAACAGGAGCGUGAAACAGAGAAGAAUAAGUGGCUGGCAUUCACGACGAAGAGUGCAAAGAAAUCUGGUGGCGUACCAAAGAGUAUCUUCGCGUCGCCAGACAAUGUGAAUGGGCGAGUGGGCAUUGGAACAUGCGGUGUUGCCGGAAAGCCCAUGACAGAGACAAAGACAUGCGAAAAGUGGCGCAAAGGCGCGUAAAUCACCCACCCACCAGUCUUUAAACUUCCGGAAGAUUUCUCUCAUCAGCUCUUUUAUUGAAAUAAAGUUUAAUAUUAGAAAGAA